AUGCCAGUAGAUGCCGCCAAACAAUACUUUAUAAACACAUCUGGCUCCGACUUGUCUUCCUUUUUUGAAACAGAUCUCUUAAAGUCUGUACGCAAUGCCUUGCAGCACCGCCAGCCACCGUCUCGGAUUCUUGGCAGGAUCAAACGUCGUAUACCUGAUACCAAGACCGAGGAAGAACUCUCUUGGAGCUCCUCUGCCGUGAUAUGGACAGUUGGUGGUCGUCUACAGCGCCAGUGGUGCUUUCCUCGGGACGAAGAAGAGAUCCGGAGCGUCUGUUGGGCAUACUUUGAUAUCAAACCUCCGAUACAUGUCACUAAAAACCGAAUGGACGAAGCAUCUCAAUCGCUGGAAGAUGCUUUCAGCAAGCCGUCCCCUUCUGUUUUUGGUCCAUAUGGAUCAGCAGUGCGAGAUGCGGAAAGUAGAACGAUAGCCAGGGCUACUCAGGAAGAUAACACAAAAUUAGAUUCAGGACUGAGAAUCGUUCGCUCAGUGUGCAUCGUCUUCCGGACACAUGCGCGACUCUACAGCGAGGACGGGAACGAAUACUAUGUGAACAUACCAUUUAUUGUUCGACAAGUAUGGCCCCUAUUCCCGACAGGUUUUGCUCUCGAAGAAGAACCACGAAUCGAACCUAUUCCAUGGGCCAUCCCCUACCUCAAUCCCGAAAUUGGCUUGCACUCUCUCUCGAGUCCAACUGGAGAGGUAUCUCCUAUUGGUAUCGCCCAUCGCAUCUGUCGAACCUCGCCGCAUUCGGCCAUCAUUUUUCAAGAGGAUCACCCACGCCCCAACAAGGACCUAUCCACAUUUUCGACCAUCAAGGCUGGCGAACACGUCAUAUUUGUACACGAGUACAAGUUUGACGCGCCUCAAAUUAUCAUAACGGUGGAUACACGUCUCCAAAUGGUCCAUUGCUAUGCAUAUGGACGAUCACCAUCAGAAGAGCCAACGCUGAAUGGUAGUAUCAACUCGGGACUCGAACAACCCGUUAAUUCAACCGCGGAUCUCGACGCUCUAGUUGCUGCAUACCAGUCGGAAGGCCGAAGUCCAAGGCUUACCACAGAGUGGUUAAUGCAAUCGGGAGCAAUAGGUUCCAGGUGGCAUCAUGCGGCUGUUGAUGGAAGUGACAAUGGUUUAGAUCUGGACCAGCCUUUGAGUAUAAGGAUGACAUCGCUUCACGAACAACCCUUGGAGGAGGAAGAGGAUAUCGUCGGUCCAGAGUACUGGCUCCAGCGCCUAACUUCAAUCCCAGUGGAUGCAGAAACGGCUGAACACUGGAGCGAUAUUGUCGCUGUUCCGUUCAAUCAAGGGGGAGACCAUGAAUCUUGCUGCAGUUACGCUUUAAUGAUUCCCCACAUAUCCAGCUUUCGUGUAGUUCAUAUCGCAUGGGAGAGCGACAUAUCACUACCGCGCUCCUCACUCACCGCAUCCUUCGACGUUCACCCCGUCCCCGCUCGCUCAAUUGCUAGUGUUCAAGCGCUUCGAGAUGAGCCAGUCGACCUUCUGAUAGUCCAGUUGGAUCACUCUCUCGUCUUGCGUUCCGGGCCCCAACUCUACACCUUGGCUAUGAAGCACAAUGGCCAUGGGUUUGAGAUUUGCAGUAUCCACCCGGCGGACAGCGAUGUACCCGCACAAGAAUAUGCAAUUGCGCUGCACGAGGUAAUCUCCGCACAUGGCACCGAAGUGGAAAUCCGACUGUUGGGUGGCAACAUAGUUCACUUGUCACUGGACCUCACACCCCGAAAUCGACUUGUGCACGAAGUCCUUUCUUGCCUUCGAUUCGCCAUGUCACAUUCACAAUUCAGGGCACUUCGAUAUCGCUAUCUAAAUAUGUGGCUGGGUCAAGGUCGACCGACCACAGUAGAGAAAGAAAUGGACUGUUUAUUUAUCACGCUUUUCCAAAUCCUUGGUGACGAUGGGUUUUCGGAGGGGAUGCUCUCCAAGGAUUCCAAGUCGCUCGACGUAUUGACAGGGACAGCGUCUCAUCGGCGGCUUAGGUACGACGCGGCAUUGGUCGGAUUUGGCAUUCCUCAGGCUCAAAUUUCCAAACCAUCCCCACCUCCUUUGCAUCCGAGUGCGGCCCCCAUUCUCCUCGCAUUGCACAUCCUUGGACAAUCUCUCAAGAUCGACACAAAACGUGCAUCACUACUCCAGUUUCUUGUACCUGCAAUCCUCAGGAUAUCGAUUGCUCUAGCACCCGAAUGGGCAGAAUACUGGUCGAGACAGUCAUCAGAUGCAAUUGAAGCGUGGUCAAUGAGUGAUGGCAAGACAUUUCAACGGGCAACAGCUUCCCGUGCGCCCACCGGAUAUCAUCGAACACUGCUUAUAUGGCAAAAUGUGGGUAUCCUUGGCGACAUUUCUUCCAUAUUCGGAAUCCAGGUAGACGCAGACCAUGGCUACCCAGUUUCUUCCCCAUGCACAAACCUCGAAGAUAUUGGCAGGAUGUUCGUAUUAAUUCGAGGCGGGACUCCAGGGCGUAACAUACAAAGCGUUGAAGCACUUACAAGCCUUAUGAUUGAAAGGAAGUGGACGAGAGAGUCCCUCGACUCUCUACCAAUCUGCCUCCAGAUUCCAAUUCGCGAAAGCCUUCGACUUCUUCAGAUCAGUCCAAAGCUCAGCUACCCUUUGGAGACUUAUGAGCUCAUUGACCGUCCUGACCUUCUUGAGCUUGUGCAAUGCAAUCCAGUUGUCGACGACUAUCUUGGGUCAAGCGACAGAAGUAAGCACGAUGUCAUUGGCAGCGUAGAACAGGUAGCCACCCAUGGAGGCUCGGGUCAAAUUCUUAUGCCGGGGAACUCUGGACUGUUGCCCAAAGAUCUUUUCACCCAGAUACGGUGGAUAGACGAUCGAAGAAUAGAAGAGGUCGAGCUCAUAUUGCAAAGCUCUCGAAUACCCGUCGCCAAGAUUCAAUAUACUCUGCCGGAAAACGAGCACGAGAAGGAGCAUUCAGCGCUCGUUCUUCGUAUCUCCGAACGCACGCUAUCGUUGCCGCCAGGACGUGCACUAUUCACGUAUGGUUGUGUCAAUGUUGCGACGCCAGACGCAUAUGCUAUACCCAAGAUAGAGCUUGCGGUCAGAAUCAUGCCAUCCAACAUCGUAAUGCUGCUCGAGCAAGCAAAGCUUACGUCGGAAACCAAGAGCUGGGCUGAAUUUCACAACGGAGUUGCCGCAGGGCUUCGAUUAUCCCCACACCUGUCCUCUAUCGAAAGCUCCUGGGUUCAGUUUGCCAAACCAUCGGAGCUGACCGCGGAGCACGCGGGGUUCCUCUUUGGGCUCGGUCUUAAUGGACACCUCAAGCACGUCGACACUUGGAACACGUUUUCAUACCUUUCUCCCAAACAUGACCACACAUCCAUGGCGAUCUUGUUAGGCUUGGCAGCUUCCAAUGUCGGCUCCUCAAGUCAGUACAUCACGAGCCUGAUCGCCGUACACACCCCCGCUCUGCUUCCAGUACGCACAGUUGACAUCAACGUAUCACUCCUCACACAGAGUGCGGGUCUAGUCGCCCUUGGUCUGGUCUUCCUUGGGACUGGAGACAGACGACUUGCGGAUAUCGCCCUGCGCGAGAUUUCAAGGACCGAUCUUAUGGUACCCACACAUGGUGUUGACAACCGCGAAGCGUACACAUUGGCCGCUGCCUUUGCGUUUGGAAUGAUCAUGGUCGGCAAGGGAUCUAGGACUCAUGGGCUCGCAGACAAUGCGUGGCUGAAUCGUUUCCGGGUCAUGAUUCAUGGUGACAGAAAAGCCUCGAUAGAGCCAGAAGGCACGAGGAGCUUUGAUGUCAACAUUACCGCACCAGGAGCUUGUCUGGCUCUUGCCAUGCUCUACCUCAAGUCAGGUCGCAGUGAUGUAGCAGACAUUGUCUCUGUUCCGACGACCCGAGUAGCUUUGAACACUGUUCCGCCAAAUCUUCUUCUUCUCCGAACGUUGGCAAAGUCCCUCAUACUCUGGGACGAAAUUCAACCCACCGUAGACUGGGUCAACUCCCAGUAUGCGCCCAUGAAAUCGUUCGGAGGCGAUGGACCCAACGACGCCCCAACCGUCAACGCACUCGACAUUGCCAGUUAUAAUGUCAUAGCGGGUGCAUGCAUGGCCAUGUCCCUAAAGUAUGCUGGUACAGCGUCAGCGGAUGCGUGGAAGGUCGUAGUAUUCUUCUAUGACAUCCUCAUCCGUGGAGUAUACGCUAAUGCGCGCACGUAUGAACAUUCGAUCCGCAGGCAAGCAACAAGGGACGCAAUCAAUGUACUCUCUUGUGCAAUGGCGAUCAUUAUGGCGGGUUCGGGCUAUCUUGACUGCUUGCAGCGGUUACGAUUUGCCCAUGGAAAAUACACGACGCCCAACAAAUUUGGAAUGCACAUGGCCAAUCAUAUGGCAAUGGGAUUGCUAUUCCUCGGAGGUGGUCGAUAUACCUUGGGCACAUCCGAUGCGGCAAUAUGUGGGCUCUUGAUAGCAUUCUAUCCCCGCUUUCCACUUUUCGGAUACGACAACCGCUUCCAUCUCCAAGCACUUCGCCAUCUCUGGGUCUUGGCUGUAGAGCCACGCUGCCUCAUCACUCGCGACAUCGACAGUCGUAAAGUCAUUUUUCUCCCCGUAAAGCUCAGGGUGGCCGAAGCAGAUUUUCGAAUCGCCUCUCUACCGCUUCUUGCCCCGACCUUGACCCCAGAUUUCACGUCUAUCCGCUCCGUUCGUGUGGACAGUCCGAGGUACUGGCCAAUCUUUAUCGACUUUCAAGCCCUGCCUCAGAUGAAGGAUGCAUUCAUCCGGAAUCAGACUCUCUGGGUGAAGAGAAGGAGAGGAUAUCUGGGCUACUUUGAAGAUCCGCACUGUACCCUCAGCAGCUUUGCGCGGUCUACAGGAGGCGCAGCAGGGGACACCGCCUGUCUCGAGGUCCCCGAGCUUCUCAAGUCCCAGAGCCACACGUCGCGCGACUUUGGCGAGUUCAUGUCCGCGUUCACAGAGGAUGACCGAGCGACCACAUUCGCCGAACGGUUAUGCACUGACCAAACAGCCCACAGCACCCGAAAACAAAGAGAAGAUGCAUUUAUCAGUCUCGAACGAACAUGGAUAACGUUUUGCCAGGCGGCCAUGAUGGACUGCUUCGCUGCGGACACAAUGGAUCUUCUUGGUGUACACCUCACUGCCCACUCAAUGCGAGUACAGGAUUUCAAGGGUUCAUCGAGUGCAAUGAGCGGAAACCUUGCGGACCUGACUGCGUUGAGCGAGUGGUAUGGUUCCGCGAACAUUCGCGGCCCUACUUUACUGCGUACGCAGUUGAUCAAAUCAAUUCUCCUCGUCGGUCAAAGCAAAGUCGAUGCACUACGCCAUAAUUCCUCCUUCAUGACCCAGCUGCGACAUUAUGCCAAUGGUCGAGGGAUCCAAGAGACCGAUCCUUCUGCAAGGAGAACUCUCGGCAGACAGCUCGGAUUCUACUUGACUCACACCAAUACACCAUCGGCAACCACACUACGCAGUCUCAAAUCUCUUUACAUCGAGACCGUCCAGGCAGGGCUCGAGAAACGGUUGGCCCCCGAGUCGAUGCGAAGUGCCCUGAUGAUGGUGAUGAAGGAGACGGUAGAAAAGGCGUUUGGAUUGCAUUGGCAAUGGCAGGCGAUCAUGGACAUUAUCAUCUGUUGGCGCAAUGGUUGA